AUGAGGGCGAUCGUCAUACCCGCGGUGGACGCCAAGAUGACGGUGCCGUCGUGGAAGGAUGACCAAACCGCUCGAGCUCGCGCGGCCGCGGACGUUCGCGCCAUGUUCCACCACGCGUACGACAACUACAUGACCCACGCUUUUCCACACGACGAGCUCAAACCCCUGAGCCGCACGUGGACCGAUUCCCUCGGCGAGCUUGGCAACCUCGACAUGAAGCACCUGCCGGAGGACUACGAGGGCGUGGCGCUGACGCUCAUCGACGCCACCUCGACGCUCGCCGUGUUGGGCAACAGGACCGAGUUUGCGCGCAACGUGCGAUGGAUGGAGCGUAACCUGGACUUCGACAUCGAUGUAAGGGUCAACGCGUUCGAGUGUAACAUACGAGUCCUCGCGGGACUGCUCUCGGCGCACGUCAUCGCGCUCGGCGACGGGGGGCGAGCCGGGGAGGGCGCCGCGAGGAAACGGCCAUCGUGGUUCGGCAAGGGCAGGGGAUCGGGACCUUCGGCGCCUUCGUUCGACGCGCUGGAUCUGGGUGAGCGGCUGCUCAAGGCUUUUGACACGAAAACCGGGAUGCCGUACGCGUGGGUCAACCUCAGGCACGGCGUGCGACCCGGAGAGACCAACGAGACGAACGUGGCGGCGGUUGGUUCUUUCAUACUCGAGUUUGGGUUGCUGUCGAGGUUGACCGGCGACGGUCGGUUCGAGCGCGCGGCGCGAGGGGCGAUACGUUCGAUGUGGUCUAUCCGCGGCGACAGGGAUCUGCUCGGAAAUACGCUGGACGUGCAGCGCGGGACGUGGGUGGUUCGCAGCGGCGGGAUCGGCGCGGGAUGCGACUCGUUCUUCGAGUACCUCAUCAAGGCGUACGUCAUGUUCGGGGACGACGAGUACUAUCGGAUGUUUUCGGACGCGUACGUGGCGGUCAUGAGAUACUACCACGACGACGGUUGGUACCACGAGGCGCACCUGAACACGGGAGUGGCGACGCACGUGCAGGCCACCAGCCUUCAGGCGUUCUGGCCGGGAAUGCAGACCCUCAUCGGGGACUUGGAGGCUGCUCGGGCGACGCACGCUAGAUUCGGAUCAGUUUGGGACAAAUACGGCGUGUUUCCCGAGCGGUUCAUGUACCGCGAGCAGCACCUGCAUCCCACGGAGAAGCACUAUCCGCUCAGGCCGGAACACGCCGAGUCGACUGCGAUGCUGUACAUGGCCACCAGGGACGACUCAUUCAGAACGGUGGGCGCUAGGCUCCACGCGGACAUCACGCGACAUACCAGGGUUCCAGGCGGUCACGCAUCCGUGCGUGACGUGUCCACCAAGGCUUUAGAGGACCAUCAGCACAGCUUCUUCCUGGCGGAGACGUGCAAGUACCUGUACCUGCUGUUCGACGACUCGUUCAUGGAUGGGAGAAACUUGGUGUUCUCCACCGAGGGACAUCCCUUGCCGGUGCUUGCGUGGCAGAACCAGGAGGAUAAGGAAGAUUCCGGUGAUGCGUCGAAGAGUUCGUGGGUGAGUGACGGCAAGAGCAGGUACAACGGUGGCGGUGAGGUGUUUGACGCGGAAGAGGAAGACGUCAUCGGCAAGGACAGCGACUGCCACGUCCUGGACCUGAAGGAGUCCCACCGCUGCGUCGACGACGGCGACUGCGGCGUGGACGCUCAGACGUGUUCGCCUCGGAAGUGCUCCGAGCACAAAUUCUGCUUUACAGCACCUUAG